AUGUCAUCCCAAAGACAAUCCACAUUUUCUCGACUUGGGAUUAAAACUUCUGAUCCAAGCCUAAAGCCACAACGUUCAAGAAGAAGACGAAGACAGCAAAAAGUUCGUCCGUUCCAAAAGAAAAGUGAAGAAAAAGAAGAAGUCUCUAUCAAUCACAUAGCCUUUGAAGAAGCUCCCGAUUCAGACUCCAAGUCCGAAAAUUCUAUCGCAAUUGAUGAACUUGAACCAGCCCCACAUACUUUUGAGGAAGGUGGACAAGCUACUGUGGAUGACUUGAAACAAUUGAACCUGGGGACCGAAGAAGACCCGAGACCAGUAUUUGUAAGUGCCCUUCUCAAUCAAAAGGAAGAAUCUGAGUACAUUAGUUUGCUUCACGAAUACAAAGACGUGUUUUCAUGGUCUUACAAAGAAAUGCCGGGGUUAAAUCCUAAGGUUGCAGUGCAUCAUCUUGCAAUAAGACAUGGAGUUCGACCCGUCAAACAACCUCAAAGAAGAUUUCGACCAGAACUGAUUCCUCAAAUUGAAACGGAAGUCAACAAACUUAUUGAAGCUGGAUUUUUACGCGAAGUGAAAUAUCCAACAUGGAUCGCAAACAUUGUUCCUGUAAUAAAGAAGAACGGGCAAUUACGAAUUUGCGUUGACUUUCGGAAUCUGAAUCAAGCGUGUCCGAAAGAUGAUUUUCAACUUCCAAUAACAGAGUUGAUGGUGGAUGCAACUACCGGAUAUGAAGUCUUAUCUUUCAUGGACGGAUUUUUUUGGAUACAAUCAGAUACGGAUGAACCCAAAAGACGAGGAACUCACAUCAUUUCGUACCCCAAAAGACCCGACGAUCAUUUACAAGAUUUACGUGAUAUUUUCAAAAAACUUCGAAGACAUCAAUUAAAGAUGAAUCCGUUGAAAUAUGCAUUUGGCGUCACCUCUGAAAAAUUUCUCGGCUUUGUUGUUCGACAUCGGGGCAUUGAAAUAGAUCAAUCAAAAAUUGAAGCUAUAAUCAACAUGCCAGAGCCAAGAAAUGUACGUGAGUUGAAAGUUUUCAAGGAAAACUUGCAUACAUUCGAAGAUUUAUCUCUAAUCUAG